AUGACCUGCGAGGCCUGUCGCACGAUUCCCCCCGUCAUUUCUCAGGGCUACGAGCCCAAGGGUGAGUAUAAAAGUAUUGGCGGAUUGAAUACAUACACAACCGGCCCUCACACCUCCACCACCGCCAUCAUCGACAUCUACGACAUCUUCGGCAUCUCUUCGCAAACCAUCCAAGGCGCUGACCUCCUCGCCGCCCGUCUGAACACCCUCGUUCUCGUGCCAGACUUCUUCAAAGGCAAAGGCGCCCAACAUGACUGGAUCCCCAUGGACACGCCGGAGAAGGAGAAAGCCCUGAUGGGUUUCUUUAUGGAGUAUGCGCAGUUCGAGCCGAAUGUGGGGGUUCUGAAGGCUGCGGUGGAGGAGUUUAAGGCGGCUUUUCCGACGGUUGGGAAGUGGGGGGUUUUUGGGCUCUGUUGGGGUGGGAAGGUUACGGCUCUGUCAUCGGGAGAGGGAACGCCGUUUGUUGCCUCGGGACAGGUUCAUCCUGGGCGGAUGGACAAGGCGGACGCAGAGAAAAUCACUAUCCCGCAUAUUGUGCUCGCGUCGAAAGAUGAGCCUGCCGAUGUGGUGCAGCAGUAUAAAGAUAUUAUCGCAAAUGGACCCGGCAGCCAUGUUGAGACGUACGAGAGUAUGUGGCAUGGGUGGAUGGGCGCGAGAGCAGACUUGGAUGGGGAAGAGAGCGUGAAGGAGUAUCGACGGGGGUAUGAGCAAUUGGCUUCUUUCUUUGAGCAGCAUUUCAAAUAG